GUUACUUACGCCUCGAAGAUUUUGGGAAAUUGCAGGAAAUAAACAUCACCUGAUAAAUCAUGAAACUCCGGAUAGUACUUGCAAUUUUGGUGUUCAACUGCGUCACGGAGGGUGCGAAGAUCUUGGCGAUAUUUCCGUACCAGGGAAAAAGCCACUACAUAAUGUUCGAACCACUAGUAAUUGGUUUGGCACGUGCGGGUCACUCGGUUGACGUUGUAAGUCACUUUCCUCCUAAAGAGCCAAUCAGAGGACUGAACCACAUUAGUUUGAAGGGCUCACUCCACACCUAUGUGAACAACAUGACAACGACAUCCAUCAAGUCACUGAUCGGAACAAAGGCAAUUGACUUCAUUUCGUACGAGGCACCAAACGACCUCUGCAACCUAAUGCGGCUUCGGCAGCUGCAGGAAAUCAUCAAUACCGACAAAAAAUACGACCUGAUGCUCACUCAGGUGUUGGGGAGCAACUGCUACUUGGCAUUGGCACACAAGCUGAAGCUUCCGGUGGUAAACGUCGAGACCAGUGCCAUGUUUCCCUGGACUCAGGAUCCAUUUUUCGAGAGCACGCAUCCCAGCUUCAUACCCUGCCUGCUGACCACCUUCACCAACGAAAUGCGAUUCAUGGAACGCGUGGAAAAUCUGAUCACGAUCCUUUACUCCAAAUUCUUGUUCUAUUACUAUGACAAAGUGGUUUCUGAACCAAUAGCUAGAAGGUACAUUGAUGACUUUCCAUCCUUGUCUGAUAUCUAUUUCAAUACGAGUAUGGUGCUAGUCAAUAGCCACUGGAGCAUUCAUGGCGUCCGACCCACGAAUCCUGCCAUCGUUGAAGUCGCUGGUCUUCACAUCGACGAAACCCAAGUUCUAACUAAGGAACUGGAGGUGUUUCUCGACUCCGCAAAGGAUGGUGUGGUGUAUUUUAGUACAGGGUCAAUGCUGAAGUCCGAGAGUUUUUCGAAGGAGAAGAUACUGGCGAUUUACGACAGUUUUGCUGAACUUACGGAUUACAAGGUUCUCUGGAAGGGAAACCCGGACAAAAUGCCGGAGGGAUUACCAUCAAACAUCAAAAUGGUCCCUUGGGUUCCUCAGUUUGCUGUACUUCGUCAUCCGAAAGUAAAAGCGUUCGUCACUCACGGAGGAUUGAUGGGAACCCUAGAAGCGAUUCAUGCAGGAGUCCCAAUGAUUGGGAUCCCGUUUUUCGCGGACCAGACGUUGAAUAUAAGGGGAUAUGCGUAUCGCGGUUUCGCAGUUCACCUGGACUACGAGAGUUUGAGCAAGGAAAGCUUCUCCAAAGCGUUAGGCGAAGUUUUGACGAACCCCAAGUACCAAUCAAACGUCGCACGUGUUUCACGGCUAUUCAAGGACCGUCCGGUUUCCCCAUUGAAGAAAGCCAUUUUCUGGAUAGAAUACGUAAUCCGAAACGGUGGCGAGCCUCUCAAGUCUUCAGGUCGUCAUCUCUACUGGUUCCAGUACUACUUGAUAGACGUCGUUCUGUUAUUAUUUACCAUAACGUUGCUUGUUUUCGUUGUUUUAUACACGGUCUCCAAAAAAUUAACCAAGUUUAUUUGGGAAAAGGGAAAUCGCAAUGUGUCAGUCAAACAAAAAAAAUUGUAGUGCAACGAGUCAGUCGGAAAGAUAUAAGCAAAAAUCGACUUGACUGAAAUUUGAUCGGUCCUCCAACUUUCACUUGAAAUAUUAAAUUAUCAGGCCA